AUGCAGCCAGCCUCUCGAACUCGGUCCAAAGUUGUGACGCUCUUGCAGUGGACGCCUCCCAAUUGCCGCUAUGAUCCCGAGCGUGUCCCACCGUUCACCAUUUGGCUGAACUUGCUGUUCUCUGCCGCCUUGUUCACCGUGGCCAACCUAUACUACAACCAACCUGUACUGGACAAGAUCGCGGAAGACUUCAAUGUCAGCUUCGAAAAGGCAUCGACGGUGGCCAGCCUGAUGCAAGCAGGCUAUGCUAUUGGCCUAUUCUUCAUCUGUCCGAUCGGAGACUGGCUUCGGCCGCGCCCCCUAAUCCUAGUCAUGUCUUCCCAGGCGCUCAGCAUGAUUUGCGGUAUAACCACAGUCACUCCGCAGCUUGCAAUCCCCAUCAUCGGCGGUCAAGUCCCCCCAAACAGGCGUGCGAGUGCGGUGCAAAUCGGCGUCUCCGGCAUCCUGCUCGGGUCCCUACUGGGCAGGUUGCUCUCCGGCGUCUCGGCCAACUACGGCCACUGGAGAACCAUAUACUGGGUCGCGCUGGGCCUCCAAUAUCUCCUCCUGGCGCUGCUGUACUCCCUCAUGCCAGACUAUCCAUCCCGGGCCCCCGAGGGCAAGACGUACUUCCACAUGCUCUACAGCACGGUUCGCAUGACGUUUACUGAGCCCCUACUGCUCCAGGUGUGCAUUCAGUCCUACUGCGUCAGUGCCGUCUUUUCUGCAUUCUGGACGACCCUGACCUUUCACCUGGCAUCUCCGCCGUAUGAGUAUAAUUCUCUUCAGAUUGGUCUGUUUGGGCUUAUCGGUAUCAUCGCGAUAGUUUUGGGGCCGUUCUAUGGCCGGAUCUUCAUGGACAAGUUCGUCCCGUGGUUCUCUGCCUUUGUGGGCGAGACCUUUGCGCUGGUGGGCGUCAUCAUCAGCACUUUCACCGGCAACCUGACAGUCGCCGGUCCCAUUAUCGAGGCCAUCGCCAUCGACAUGGGAACCCAGACAUCGCAGACAGCCAACAGGGUCGCCGCCUUUGGCAUUGACUCGACAGCAAUGAACCGCGUGAAUUCAGCAUUCGUGGUCUGUGGGUUUCUCGGGCAGAUGUCAGGAGCGGCUAUUGGAAACAAGCUUUAUGCUGACGGGGGCUGGACUUGGGUAGGAGGUGCCACUAUUGGCCUCAUGGGUUUGGCAUUAGUCGUUCUGUUCCUGCGAGGACCUUGGGAGAAGGGUUGGGUUGGAUGGCAUGGCGGCUGGGCUAUUCGCGCGAAAGUAGACGAAUCGUGA